AUGAAGUGUUCAGCAGUGAAGACCAUUACCACGAAUACUGUUACAAGAAGAACACCACCAACAAGAAUCCCUUUUGGUUAUAUGCACAAUUCAUCUUCGAUGUCUACUCCAUUGCCUACAAAAUCAUCAGUUUUCUUUGGGGUCUGUUCAAUUCCAACAACAACACCUCCUCUUAUUCCUCUUUUUCCACUACGUCAGAGGAUGAUGACGAACAAUAGUCACCAACAUUCAAAUACUGAGACACAUUCAUGGAAUAAUAACAACCAGUGGCUGUCAUCAGUACCGGUAGGAGAACAUAGAAAACAUUUGGAUUCCACACUGAAUAAUUCUGAUAGUGGAUUUCUCAGCGGUGACAACAGUCAUUCAUCAGGUUUAACAGAUAAUCGAACAAAUCAGUUUGAUAUUGUCAGCGAUGAGUAUACUAGAUUGACAGUAGGAUGUCCUAAACCUUUGGAUACACCGAAUGUUGUUCAUUCUUUAACUGAUUUACUCAUGAAUUCAAUGUCACCACCGUUUGAAAAAUUAGAAGAAAACGAACAAGAAGAAGAUCGACAACAGCAACGCUUUUCAGCCUUUCGUGUGCCUGUAAAGACUACCACAGACUCUUCAAGCAGCAAUCUCACAUCGAAUUAUUUUCAUCGACAGCAUGACACAAUGACUUUCAAUCCUACCACACCACCACCACCAACAACAACGGCAACAACUCCUACUAAUUUUGUUUCUUGUGAUUCUAACCAUGACACCGUAAAGUCAACAACAACAACAACAUCGCCACCGAUAUGGAGACCAUAUUUAGACUAG